AUGUGGCUCGGUAUUUUUGUUGGUGGCAUCUUUACUACAUUGCUCCUUCUCUACCGCGUACGAGGCGCCAUCAUCCUUGGUAUCCUUCUCGUGUCUAUCAUCUCCUGGCCGCGUACUACGCCUGUCACACUCUUCCCCCACACCGCUGUCGGAGACUCGAACUUUGACUUUUUCAAGAAGGUUGUGGCCUUUCACAAAUUGGAAAAGAUUGGAAAUGCACUUGAUUACAACUAUGGCAAGGGCCAAGUCUGGAUUGCCCUCAUCACAUUCCUUUAUGUCGAUCUUUUUGAUACCACUGGCACACUCUAUUCCAUGGCUAAAUUCUCCGGUGUCAUGAACCCCCGUACCCGCGACUUUGAGGGCUCGACUGUCGCAUACAUGGUCGAUGCCUUUUCCAUCAGCAUGGGUGCGCUCAUGGGUACUCCCGUUACCGCAUUCAUCGAGUCCGCUACCGGUAUCUCCGAUGGAGGCAAGACGGGUAUCACGGCUAUUGUUACCGGCUUCUGUUUUCUUCAUUGCCGUUUUUCUUUGCCCCCAUCUUCGCAGUAUUCCUGGUUACGCGACAGGGGUGCUUUGGUCUUGGUCGGUAGCUUGAUGAUCAAGAACGUGGUCGACAUUAACUGGCAUUAUGUUGGAGAUGCCGUUCCUUUUCUUGACUCUCAUCAUUAUCCCAUUCACUUACAACCGACUGCUUCCAGCAUCGCAUACGGCCUCAUCACUGGUAUCGUCACAUACGUCCUCCUCAACACUCUUCCAUGGGCUAUCCGCCGCCUCAGCGGUCGCCGUAUUUCUCCCCCCGGCUACGAAGAUGAGCGCGAGCCCUGGUCUAUUCCCGAUGACGGCCUUCUCCCUCUCUGGAUGCGCAAGCUCGCACACGAGAACUUUGGCGACAACAACAGCGUCCGUAGUCACAAGACCGCCAACGAAGGUGUUGACUCCACCGGCAAGACGAGCGAGGAAGUCGAAAAGGGACGUAUAUAA